AUGGUUCUUUGUAACUUACAACUCAUCUCGCUCAAGGACGGAGUUUCGAUCGGCUCAUUUCUCGCCAAGCUCCGUCGAAGCGGCAUUAAGCCCGUCGUACAGGCCCGAGUCAUUCGGUGGAUGAUCCUGCCCACACAGAUUUCAAUAGGCCAUCUCUUGGGCCGAAAUAUCCACUGGGACCUUCUGCUAAUUCUGGGAGAGGCCGAUUCUAUUCCUCAUGAAGCACAGUUAGAGAUCGAUGCAACUUGGAGCGCAUCGAGUGGUGUCUCAUCUAAAGCUAUAUCAAAUUAUGAAGCGAUGAAUGAGGAACUACUUCACCCGCCGCCCGGCUCCGUCAAACCGCCUGAAAAACACACCAUUGAACCAUCCAGGACAUCGCAAAACCUCGAAAUGAGCCCCGAGUUAGAAGAGUGGAUUGCAGCGCUACCGAUGCCAUUGAAAGAGCAUCCGGUCUCGAUGCUAAACUUACUUGCUUUCAAUUCCGGGAAGAAGGAUCAAUAUAAGCAAUACGGUGCUGAUUUCUCGGCCAAGGUCGGCUUUAAACACGGCGGACGGGUUAAGAUUGUUGGGAGGGUGGUAGGUGGUCAAGCGCAUGGAGAUGGAUGGGAAGAAAUUGCUUUCGUACACUAUCCAUCCGUUCAACAUUUUGGUUCCAUGGCAGGGAGUAAGGAGUAUCAAGAUGUCAAUCACAAGUAUCGUCUUGGAGCGCUUAAGGAUACAUUCAUCUGCUGUGUUAUGGAGGUUGACGACAAUGGUAAUCUCGCCAAUCUCCGUUCCACUAAGGAGAAGUUGUAA